CAUGAUUUUAUCAUUUUAUGGUUGAUUCAUGGUAAACAAUCAUAAUUCAACAACCUUUUUAUUUAUUUUUUUUGAAUGAAACAACCAAGAAAUUUAAUCCACCUUCAAUUAUUUAAAAAAAAAAAAGAAAAGAAAAACAGGAUAAAAUGAAAAAAAAAAUGAAGAAACGUAGAACAGGUGAAAGACAAAAGGUAAAGUUGAUCCACUCUCAAAAAUCAAAAUCAGUCCAUCAAGUUUCUCUCUCUUCUUUCUCUCUCCUCUUUCUCUGCACAACUCAGUUUUCUUCAGAAGACAAUUACUCUUACAGGGGUAGCUGCCACGUUUUUUUCCUCCAAUUUCAUUAUUUUCCCUUUUUUAUUACUCAAUUAUUUUCAUGGCUGCUGCUCUUUUUCCCUCCUUUCUCUGUUCUUGAUUUUCAAUUUCUGGGGUUUUCUGCUAAAUUUCCAAUUACCCUAAUCAUAAUCAGUAGCAAUUUUAAACACCCAGAAAAAAUUUCAUGGUAGAAACCCCAAUAACCCUUAAAAAUCCCACCUUUUUCAGUUUUAGAGGGAAGAAGUAGCGAAGAGAGAGAAAAGGAGGCGGAGAUGGGCAAUUCAUUUGGUUGCUCCGCCUCCGGUGAGCGGCUUGUGUCGGCUGCAAGAGACGGUGAUUUGGUUGAAGCUAAGAUGCUUCUAGAAUGUAACCCUUGUCUUGCUAAAUACUCUACUUUUGGUGGUCUUAAUUCUCCUCUUCAUUUUGCUGCUGCUAAGGGUCAUAAUGAGAUUGUGGCAUUGUUGCUUGAGAAUGGGGCUGAUGUCAAUUCCAGAAAUUAUUGUGGACAGACGGCGUUGAUGCAAGCAUGUAGAUAUGGGCACUGGGAGGUUGUGCAAACUCUUCUGCUCUUCAGAUGUAAUGUUACUAGAGCAGACUACCUCAGUGGUAGAACAGCUCUUCAUUUUGCGGCUGUUAAUGGCCACGUGAGAUGCAUAAGGCUGUUGUUUGCUGAUUUUGUCCCAAGUGCACCGUUAGAUUCUUUGAGUGCUUUAAGUGCCGAGGGUGGUGAAGGUUCCAAUGGGAAAAACAGUGCUGUGGCAAAGUUUGUAAAUAAGCCAGCUGAUGGUGGCAUUACAGCCCUUCACAUGGCUGCAUUAAAUGGGUAUUUUGACUGCAUGCAGCUUCUCCUUGAUCUCCAGGCAAAUGUAUCAGUUGUGACGUUUCAUUAUGGCACUUCUAUGGACUUAAUAGGAGCUGGAAGUACACCUUUGCAUUAUGCUGCUUGUGGGGGAAAUCUGAAAUGCUGCCAGAUUCUCCUUGCAAGAGGUGCCAGUCGCUUGACUUUGAACUGCAAUGGAUGGCUUCCAGUUGAUGUUGCAAAAAUGUGGGGACGUCUUUGGCUUGAACCUUUACUUGCACCAAGUUCUGAUUCUAUAAUUCCAGUAUUUCCUCCUUCAAACUACCUAUCUUUGCCUCUAAUGAGUGUACUCGACAUAGCAAGAGAAAAUGGGUUGCAGGCUUCAGUAUCCUCCUUUGAUGCGUCAGAUACCUGUGCUGUAUGCUUGGAGAGAGCAUGUAGUGUAGCUGCGGAAGGUUGUGGACACCAACUUUGUGUCAAAUGUGCACUCUAUCUUUGCUCCACAUGUAACAUUUCUUCUGAGGUGGUUGGGCCACCAGGGUCAAUUCCCUGCCCACUUUGCAGACACGGGAUUGUCUCCUUUGUUAAACUUCCGGGUUCUCUCGAAAAAGAAAUAAAACUUCCGCUCUCUCUUGGCUUCUGCACACCUUGUAUGCUUCAUCCACGUGAUUCUGAUCGGUCAACAGCCACUUCUACACCAGACAUUCGGAAGAAUCGGGUAGCUUCAGUUUCCUCAGAUAUGUUCUGCCCUGUCUCUUGCAGUCCAUUUCCCUCAGCUGCGAUCCCCCUGUGCCAUUGCAACGAGGGUCCAUGCCCAUCUUUUGAACCCCGAGAUAUGGAGAGAGCAGUUGAGUCUCCCCGUCAUUCACAAGGAACAGUGGACUCAGAUAAAAUGGAAGGUCCUAGACUGGAAAGAACAAGCUGUUCGAGCAUGUUCUGGGGAAGGAGGAGUUGCAGCAGAGAACAUCAGUGCAAUUCUGAGAUUAAUGCUUAGUACAAAAUUAGACAUUCAUUGUGUGUUUCUGAGUCUUUGACCUUCUAUGCAAUCAGCUUCCUGCUGAUAUAUUUAGAAAUCAUGUUGGGGGUGUUUAUUCGAUAGAAUUAGGGUUAAAAAAAAUGGUGUCGCAAAGCGCAAGGUUUCAAAUUUCUGCUGUAGUGUUUAGAGGUUUUGAAAUUAGGGGUCUGUAAAUUUUGAUGUCCAAAGAAUUGGUUGGAUUGCUCUCUACUUCCUGUUUAUCCCACUUGUACACAGGUUCACACGUUGAUUGUUUAAACAUGAAGAUUGAUCUGUAAGAUAGAACUUGUGCCGAAAA